GCCAGUAACAGUGUUUAACAGAACAGGAACUUUAGUAUCGUUCUGAAGUGGAUUUGGUGUGGAAAUCUGUGUGAACUCAGGAUGAAGAUCCUCCUUCUCAUCUUCACCUUCUGCCUGAUCUCAGAUGGAGGAGCCUCUAAUGAAGUAACAGGAUAUUUAGGAGGAAGAGUCCUUAUCAAGUGCAAGUAUAAUACAGAAUCUACACAAAACCUAAAAUAUUUCUGUAAGGAUUCAUCGCCAGGCUGUUCUGAUCUAAUAAAGACAGGAGAUAAAAACAUGUGGGUAACUUCAGGAAGAUUCUCACUGUUUGAUGACACCAAAUCAGCAGAGUUCAGGGUGAUGAUCAGAGAGCUCACUGUAGAGGAUGCUGGGACGUAUCAGUGUGGAUUUGGGAAUGUUAACGGGAAAGACAUUUUGACACGAGUGGAACUGAAGGUGCAGGAAGGAAGCUCUGGGUCUAGAGAAGUGAGUGCAUAUACAGGAGGAAGAAUCAAUGUCAAGUGCAGAUAUGAGAAUAAAUAUAAGGACAAACCAAAAUCUAUCUGUAAGAUCGGAACACAACCGCUGUGUUUUCCUCUAACAACAACACUGUACAGGGAAUGGACACAUAAUGGCAGAUUCUCAAUUUAUGACAACAGAAGUGCAGGAUUCGUCAAUAUAUUUAUCAGAGAACUGAUUAUGGAGGACACUGGAACAUACUUGUUAACUGUUGCUGUGUCUGAUGAAAUUGAGACCUCCACUGUAAUCAAUCUGACUGUAACAGAAGAUCUGUCCUAUGAGAAGUCCAUCAGUAAGACUGUCCAAGUAGGAGGAGAUUUAAACAUCAGCUGUAAAUACCCAGAAUCCCUCAGGAGUUAUAACAAGUUUCUCUGCAGGAGGCAGUCAUCUGUUGGAUGUCAUAAAAUAUCUGUUAAAGAAAGUAAAAAAGAUGUAAAUGUGGGGAAAUUCUCCCUGUAUGAUGACAGAACAGAACAAAUCUUCACUGUGAGUAUUAGAAAUGUAACUAAAACAGACUCUGGUGAAUACUGGUGUGGAGCAGGAGCAGCCUGGACAUCUGAUCAUGGAUACAAGGUUUAUUUCACACAGAUCAACCUGACAGUUACUGAUUCAAGUGUACCAGUGUCAAAACUGAAGCCAACUAAACCUUCAUCACCACAACCAUUAUCAUCAUCAUCAUCAUCAUCAUCAUCAUCAUCAUCAUCACCAUCAUCUAAUCCAGCAGCUUCCACUGUGAUCAUGGUGUCUGUAAUUCUGCUGCUGCUUCUGAUUGGAAUCAUAUUCCUCACUUUCACUGUUCAAAAGAGACGCAGGAUGCAUGCAGGUAAAGAUUCUGUUGCCCAAAAUUCUGUCCAAAACUCAGAAGGUUACCAUGGGGUUCCUCUUGCUGUCUCUGAUUAUGAGGAGAUUAAAGACACCAAACAACGUUCUACCUCAGAAGCUGAAACUUCCACAAUGUACUCAACUGCUCAAAUACCCACAAUCACUUCUCAACCUGUUUAUGCUGAGAUAGAGUUUCCUACAAUCUCCUGUGAUUCUGCUAUUUAUUCUACUGCUCAACUACCCACAAUGCCCUCUGAGCCUUCUCAAACAGUUUAUGCAGAGAUAGGGGGUCCUACAACCUCAUGUGAUUCUGCAAUUUAUUCUACUGCUCAACUACCCACAAUCCCUCUGAGCCUUCUCAAACAGUUUAUGCAGAGAUAG